CCGACCCUUCCAUCGGGGUCGCCUGUAGACACAGGUUUUCGUGCCGCCACCAGGUUUCUCCUCUCCCCCCCCCCUCGACCUGCCACUAACUGGGAUCACACCUCCUCUUCGCCUGGCUUAGACGUCUCCUCCCACUCCACAGGUCCGCUUCCUUCGCAGCCCAUGAGAGCCCCUUUCGACGACAUGUAUGCGCAUACAAGUGUGGACGAUGAAUGGAGGCAUGACGAAAAGGGUUGUCGAGAUGGUCCAGACUCUGGUAUACAGAGUCAUGCAAACGUAUAA